UGUAUUGGAGAGAAAAGAGGAAAUAAAUUGGAUUCAGAAGUGUGCGAGUGUUAAAGAAUAUGCACAAUGUUUCUCUUUCUUUUUUUCAUAGGAUCGAUUUCAUUGGCAUUACUGAUGACAUCUACCCAAGGAAUAAUAACCACUGACCAUCUUCUCAUUGACUUUAUGACAUCACUGUUGAGAUUGAUGGGACAAACACUUUAUAUUAUGAUUGGAUAUGUUUUUGAAUUGUCAAAUCAUGUUGUUUCCGCGUGCAUUACUUGCCUACCAUUUGUAUGGAAGGUUGUGAUGAUAGUGGCAUCAUUUGUAAUUUGGGUAGUAAAACAAGUUCUGAAAGGAGUACUUGGCACUGGGGAUGUCUUCCUUGCAGCAUUGAGCUGGGUAUUCUGUUUUUGUUUAUUUUGUCUAUGUCUUAUAUGGUCAGAGAGUCUCUUCAAAAGUGUCAACUCCAAUGAAAUUGAUGACAACAACAGAAAUAUGAUUCAAGAAGUGAAUAGGAGGAUGGAGUAUGAAAACCAGGAGAAUGAAAAUGAAGAGAACAGCAUGGAAGAAGCAGAAAUUAACAUGGCUUCUGAGGACAAUGACAGAAAUGCAGUUCGCGAAUUAGAACGUAGACAAAUAAAUAGAAUUCUACCCCAAAGAGAACCUGCUGCAGUGUUUCAAGGAGAACGACUUGUAGUUCGACUGCCUGAAAAACGGAGAAGGAUCAGAAAUUCAAUCAGGUAUAUCCAAAUUCAGAAUGAAGGAGUCCAAAGUGAAAGUUCAGACUCAGAAGCUGAUGGUAGUAGCAGUGACUCAGAAACAGAAUUAGCUGAAUCCAGGAAUGAAAACAGUAAUUUAUCUAGAAACAACACAACAGUUCGCAGAAGGCAACGUAAUGACAGUGUAGACAACGCUUUUUGUGUAGUCUGCUUUGAAAGGCAGAGAAAUGCUGCUGUAUUUCCAUGUGGACAUUUGCACUUGUGUACAGAGUGUGCAGAAUCCAUUAUGACACGGACGAAAGUCUGUCCCACUUGUCAAAGUUCAAUCCAAGAGUAUAGAAGAGUGUACUUGUAGCUGUGUUGGUUUACAGACUAUUGUUUGUUUACUUAUUUACUCAAUUUACUUAGUGGGACUUUUAAUUUAGCACAUCACACAUUAGACAACAUGUGCUAAUUCUUGAUUAACAUUAAAAUAUGAAUUUAUGAAUAAAUUAUGAAUGUAAACAGAGAUGGGGCUAAUUAGGCCAAAAAAAAUAAUCAAUAGUUUCUCAGGCACCACCGCAUCAGGUCAAACACUGUAGCAUUGAUCAAUUUUAUUGACAUAUUGAAAAGGGAAAUAACUCAGUUUUCUAUUUUUCCAAGUUGAAAAAGAAAAUUGAGUUAUUCUCUUUUCGUAAAUGCUAAUAGAUAGACGUUUUUAUUAGAUAAACAAUACAUUUCUUGUUA